AUGACUUCUUCAGUCAUCUCCGCUGAGGCGGCAACGCCCCAGGUUGAAGAGACCAACAGCAAGCCCGUGUCCCGCUUCACCAGGUGGUUUCGAAGCCCGCUAUUCAAUGUUAUACUGGCAGGUCUCAUCUCCUUUACGCAGCCAGGCAUCUGGAAUGCACUCAACAAUACUGGUGCUGGAGGCCAGCAAGAGCCGUACUUGGUGAAUGGAGCCAAUUCUCUGACUUUUGGUAUUAUGGUCUUCGGCUGCUUCAUAUUCUCUCUACUGUCGAACCGAUUCGGCGUCAAGAAGAUUCUCAUCAUUGGAACUCUCGGCUAUGCACCCUACUCAGCAGCUCUGUACGUUAACAACCGCUACGGAGUCGAGUGGUUCGUCUUGUUUGGUGGCGCAACUUGCGGAAUUGCCGCAUCGGCCUUGUGGGCUUCCGAGGGAGCCAUCGCAUUGGGGUAUGGAGGUGUUAAGGAUCGUGGAAAAUUUACUGGAAUCUGGCUCGGUCUCCGCGAGCUCGGUCAACUUAUCGGUGCAUCCAUUCAGCUGUCACUCAACGCCGGUGAUGGUCAGCGAGGAAAGGUGUCAUACACGACAUACCUCGUUCUGAUUGCGCUGCAGUGCCUUGGUCUCCCUUUUGCUCUCCUUGUUUCGCCUCCGGAGAAAGUCAUUCGGCCUGAUGGAAGCAAGCUUGAGCUUCCACAGAAGGAUAAGCCCAUCAAGGGUGAAUUAAAGAAGAUGUGGAAUCUUCUCAAGAAGAAACAGAUGCUGUUCCUUAUUCCUGUUCUCGUGGGCUUCAACUGGAACGGCACCUACUUGGGCAUUUACCAAACCAACUACUUCUCCGUUAGAGCUCGCACUCUGAGCUCUCUCGUCUCCGGCAUCGUGGCUACCCUGGCAAAUAUCACUUGGGGUUGGGUAUAUGACCUGCAGCGGUUCAGCCGUCCCCAGCUCGCCAAGUAUACCUGGACCUGCUUCUCAGUGGUUAUGCUGGCCACAAUGAGUUGGCAGAUUGCAAACGAACAUCUGUACUCCAAAACCGUGCCCAAGGUCACACUUGACUGGGCGACUCCCGGAUUUGGUCGCGCAUUUGCGAGCAUGGUCAUCAUGAGGUUCAUGAAUGAGUCUCACUACAUGUUUGUGUACUGGAUUGUCGGCGCUUACUUUGACGAUCUGGAGUCAUUGACUUUCUGUGUGGGAAUCAUCCGCUCAUUCGAGUCGAUUGGUUCCUGUUUGUCCUUUGGAAUUGGAGCCGCAAAGGUGGCACCCAUGGUCAAUCUGAUUGUCGCCUAUGUCAUGUUUAUCAUUGCCAUUCCAGCAACCUCCUAUGCUGUCCUUCUGGUUCCCGAACGGCCCGUGGUUGCGAAGCUGGAUGACUCAGAUUCUUCUGGAGAGGACCUUCGGGACGAAGUCGAAGCGUCAAACAAGCAGGGGGUUGUUGUGACAGCAAGCGCUAACUAA